GCGGCCCCGCCCAGAGCGCGUGCCCGGAGCGUCUCCCCUGCUCUCCCGCCGCAGUGGUGCGGCCCAAGGCGGAAGCGGCUCCGGCGCGGAACCAGCUCUGCCGCAGCGAUGGCUGCCGGUGUCCCCUGCGCACUGGUUACCAGCUGUUCCGCCACCUUCACCGGGGACCGGCUGGUGCAACAUAUCCUUGGGACAGAAGAUGCUGUUGUGGAAGCGACCUCCAGCGAUGUUGUGAGGUUUUACCCCUGGACCAUCGAUAACGAGUACUAUUCCGCAGAGGUCAACCUGUGCGUGGUGCCAAGCAAGUUCCUGGUCACUGCCGAGAUUGCCGAGUCAGUCCAGGCAUUUGUAGUUUACUUUGACAGCACACAGAAAUCAGGUCUUGACAGUGUCUCCUCAUGGCUUCCUCUAGCAGAAAUAUGGCUACCUGAGGUGAUGAUGCUGGUCUGUGAUAGAGUGUGUGAAGAUGGAAUAAACCGACAACAGGCUCAAGAGUGGUGCAUCAAACAUGGCUUUGAGCUGGUGGAGCUCAACCCAGAGGAGCUGCCGGAGGAGGACGAUGACUUCCCUGAAUCUACAGGUGUAAAGCGGAUUGUACAAGCAUUGAAUGCCAAUGUCUGGUCCAAUGUCGUGAUGAAGAAUGACAGGAGCCAGGGCUUCAGCCUUCUCAACUCCCUGGCUGGGGCAAACCGCAGCAUCGGAUCAGCAGAGAGCUGUCACUCUGAGCAGCAGGAGCCAUCACCAACAGCUGAGAGGACAGAGUCCCUCCCUGGCCAUCACAGUGGUGCGUGUGGCUCAGAAGACACACAGGUUGACAGCAUUGUCGACCCCAUGUUAGACCUGGAUAUUCAAGAAUUAGCCAGUCUUACCACCGGAGGAGGGGAUCUGGAGAACUUCGAGAGACUCUUUUCAAAGUUAAAAGAAAUGAAAGACAAGGCUGCGACGCUUCCUCAUGAGCAAAGAAAGUUGCAUGCAGAAAAGGUGGCCAAAGCCUUCUGGAUGGCGAUAGGAGGAGACCAAGAUGAGAUCGAGGGGCUCUCUUCUGAUGAUGAGCACUAAGUUCUUCUGCUAGGUUUGACUGACACCGAUGCCAGCACUGUGCA